AUGGUGAAGAAGAUGGUGGUCACGAUGCUCGUCUCCGGCACGCCGUCCGCGUCCAGCUCGGCCAUCGCGGGCAGCGCGGAGAGGAACAGCGCGGAGAGCGCGGUCACCGAGGCCGCGAGCGGCGCCUUGGAUGCGACCUCGACCUCAUCAUACUCCACUCGUACCUCGGAGUCGAUCGCGGAACCCCUCGCGACCGUCCACGCCGCGCGGCUCAUCUCCACGCGCGCGGAAGCGGGCGGCACCCUCGCAGCCAGAACCCUGGACCCCGAUCGCGCGAUCACUGCGACGCCCUUGGCAACGCGAGGCCUCGCUGCGCCCCUGACGAGGACUGGAACGGCGAUCGCACCCGUGACGAUCGCGGAAGACAUCUUUACCAGCGAGAACAACCGGUGCUCGAGCUAG